GCUCAUGUUAGUAGCUCUGCUCAUGCUGAGCUAACAUUAUGUUCUAGAUUUUGCAAUUGCUAACUGUUAAUGUUGACACAAUGGGAAAAACGUUGUACCAGGUGCAAAUAAGGGGGAAGCAUUUCCUGGUGUGGAAAUGUCUAGAUAGACCUGGGUCACGGGAAUGUCUUUGAAUGCUUUUUUAAUGAGGUUAGGUCAAUCAGAUUUUGACGCACUUUAUUUUUUUUUUUUUCCAUUUAUGUAAUCGUUUUGUGCAGCGGUUUUGCAUUUUAAAAGUCACCCCGCUAUCACACGCCCCCUUCCUUCCGGGUGUCCCCGGCUCCUAACAACGCCCCUGGUGUCAUAUAGAUUCGUGCAGCGCGCGCUCCCGACAGAAAACUUGAGCGAGCGCGCCCCGGCUGCUAUUAAGCGCCUGGAGUCUGUCUGGGUUGGAUCCGAUGUGUUCAACAAGCAGACGGAGGAAAGACGACAAACUGGGAUCCUGGCUCUGUCUCCUCGUUGUUCACCUGCUCAGUGACCCGCUGUGAGCUGAAGGAGCUGUCUUUAGAGCUCUACUCCAGGGAAGGAGGUUCUUCCUGAAAAUAUUUCAGGUUUAAACGUGAUAAUUACCUGAAUUCCUGGAAGCUUUGCAGUGGGAUUAGAGCUCUGAAGCCUGCGUUUGGUUGAGUAUUUCCAGCUGAUAUUCAUAGGUCCCCACAUUUCAAGAUCAGACGAAAGCCUUCUUUGGAAAUCUUAUGGACGAAGAAAUGAGUCGCCAGACCGCCACCGCGCUGCCCACAGGAACCUCCAAGUGCCCCCCCUCUCAGCGCGUGCCCACCCUGUCAGGCACCACGGCCUCCAACAGCGACCUGGCCAGCCUGUUCGAGUGUCCAGUCUGCUUCGACUAUGUGCUGCCCCCCAUCCUGCAGUGUCAGUCCGGACACCUGGUGUGUUCCAACUGCCGGCCCAAGCUUACCUGCUGUCCCACCUGCAGAGGCCCCCUGGGCUCCAUCAGGAACCUGGCCAUGGAGAAGGUGGCCAACUCGGUCCUGUUCCCCUGUAAGUACGCCUCAUCGGGUUGCGAGGUCACGCUGCCGCACACCGACAAGACGGAGCACGAGGAGCUGUGCGAGUUCCGGCCGUACUCCUGCCCCUGUCCCGGCGCCUCCUGCAAGUGGCAGGGAUCCCUGGAUGCCGUCAUGCCGCACCUGAUGCAUCAACACAAGUCCAUCACCACUCUGCAGGGGGAGGACAUCGUGUUCCUGGCGACGGACAUCAACCUUCCGGGCGCCGUGGACUGGGUCAUGAUGCAGUCCUGCUUCGGCUUCCACUUCAUGCUGGUCCUGGAGAAGCAGGAGAAGUACGACGGACACCAGCAGUUCUUCGCCAUCGUCCAGCUCAUCGGGACUCGCAAGCAGGCCGAGAACUUCGCCUACCGGCUGGAGCUAAACGGCCACCGGCGCCGGCUCACCUGGGAGGCCACGCCCCGCUCCAUCCACGAGGGCAUCGCCACGGCCAUCAUGAACAGCGACUGCCUGGUGUUCGACACGUCGAUCGCGCAGCUGUUCGCCGAGAACGGAAACCUGGGCAUCAACGUCACCAUCUCCAUGUGCUGAGAAUGUUCCACAGACUAGUGUCAGAGUGCAAGAUUGCUGGGGAAGGGGCUGUUAUUAUAGAGGGUCCAGUCAGUUAGGAGCCCAUGGCCCCUCCCUCUCUCGGCUACACCCCUGAGACGAGGAACUGGACUGUGUUCGGGCAGCACUGAAGGCCCAGGGGUGUCGGAUGGAUGAGUGGAUGGAUGGAUGAAUGGAUGGAUGCGUGCAGUGCAUUAAAAAACAAGGACGUAACUGUGUAGUGAGGACUUCUUAACAAACACUCGUGUGAGACUCGUGCACGCGCAUGUGUCAUAAACCCAGAGUCAAAGUGAGAAGGUGUUCAGACUUUCUGUUUGUCCUCUCCGCCUCAGAUGUUUUGUUUUCUUCCAUGCUCUCAUGUUAAUGUCCCGUUCUCCUCUGAGCUUCUCCUCAGACCUCUUCAGACAUUUCAGGAUGAGGAAUCGUCUCUGCGUCCUCGGUCUCCCUAAAGACGAUCCGACCUAGAAGCUAGCCUGCUACCUAGCUUGUCCCUUUCCCUUAAUUUUUCUCCUCCGGCUGCUCCCGUCGCUCCAGCAGGAACUUCGGUCCCUUAAAACGUUGUUCCAAAUUUUCCUCCUCCUUCCUGACUGGCAUGAUUCCGGUAGCAGCAACUGUAGCAGUCAUCUGUGUUACGUGGACAGCUGCAGUUCCCCGACCGGAACCGCAGGAGCUCACCUGGUCUCCACCCAGAGCAGGUCAUAAGGUUGCAAACCGAACCCCAGCUGCUUUUUCCGUAGUUUCUGAUGGAUUCACUGGCAGGAUUGUUUCUUGGAUUUAAGGAGGAGCACAUCUCCAUCAGCCUGGAUUAUAGAACAUUUAUUUUAGUUUAGAAAGUUCUCUGCAGUUCGGACCGGGAUGAGUUGAGGGCCAACCCGAGGGAAACGCUGCAUUUCAGUUUGCUUUAGGCUUUUAUUUCAUGGGUUUGUUUUAAUGUUUUUAGUUUUUGUCUGAGAGGACGAAGAACUCCGGCUGUCUGUGUGAGGGAACUCCAACCUGCUCCUCUUACCUCCUGUGUCGCUCUCAGCCACCCAUCCAACACCCAACCAGGAACGAGGGACACUUUCUACUGUUAAAGCAUUGCUGUUAUAAAUAAAUAAAAAUAUCAUAAUUCUCAUUUUUUUGUAUUGAAUUUUAAGAAUUAAAAGGCGGUUGUAAAACUUGUGGCUAAACUUCAGUGUUUGUAGUUGAAAAAAAACGUCUGUUGUUCUCUGAAGGUUUGUUUUCCAGAGUUGGGCUGUCUUCAUCUCUGUCCUCCUGUGUGUGAACUCUUUCUGUUCUACCUUUUUCCUUUCUUCUCUGUGGAGGUCGAUCCCGUCUCCCUCGUUCUUCUCGUGGAGUCUCGGUAAUGUUGCUGCUCUUCCUCAGAAGCUCCAUGACUUCUUUCUGUUUUCAUUUGUCAUUAAAUAAAUCUAUCUUUUUCAUA